AUGGCUUGCCAAGACAGCUCACUGUGUAUCCAUGUAAGCGCCCAGCUCAUGCUACGCUUAAAAAACUAUGAAAUCUGGCCCACGAUGAUUGAUGAUGAGCACUAUCUAUUUGUUGAUACAGCUGGUUUCGGGGCCGCUGAUAUGGAUGAUACGAAAAAUUUCCGGGACAUUCUUACCUGCCUAGAAGCCCUUGUUCCGUUUGUAACCUUUACCGGUGUCUUGUUCUUGAUUGCUGGUAAUCAAGACAAGAUGAGAGCAGAGGACUUGAGCAGAGGACUUUAA